GAUUAUCCGAAUGUUCGAUCGGAUUUGAUGAAUGACAACAAACCGCUUCUCACUGGUUUAUCUCUGCCCCAAAUAGAAUCUCAGAGAAACUUCCGGAGCUUUCCCGAAUGUGGUGGCGCUGUAGUUGCCUCUGGAGGUUUUGAGAAACAUCGAGAAUAGAGGUUAUAAAAAGAUGGCAGGCAGACAAUUAUAUCCAAAUCCGUACAACAACUUGAACCACGACGAUCUUCCACCGGGUUGGGAAAUGCUGCACGAUCACAAUACAGGUUGGCCAUAUUUUAUAGACCACAACACGAAAUCGACGAGCUGGGAAGACCCUCGGUUAAGAAUGAGACAACAUAUUUCUGGAUAUCCAGAGCAUAAUUCCCUUUUCUCCAGAGAAAUUCCAGUGUUUCAUGAAAAUUCAAAACCACCAAAAUGGACCCACCAAGCUGUCCACCGGGUUGGGUCCCCAGGACUUGGAUCCCCUAAAAGGAUGCAGUCUCCUGUUAGGGUAGGCUCACCGCAGAGAAUGAGCCCACCUCCUAAUUCUGCCACACCUCAACAAAUGCCACAACCUUACCAGGGCGUGAGGGAAAUCCCAGUACAACAUGUGUCUUCCACCUCACAGAGUCAGCAUCCAGAUCUACAAGGCUAUACCUUCUACAAAGGGAAUCAAGGAGCAAACCAAGGGGGCUAUCCUGAACAAGGAUAUCCUCCAGCAUCACCGAGUCAAGGGAGUUAUCCUUCAUCGUCCCAUGGAGGUUACCCACAACAACAGUAUCAACAGAUGCCCCAGCCUCAGAUGCCAAACCAGCCUUCACAGCCAAUACCAGUAUAUCAUCAGACAGAGAUGAAGUACCCUCCACAACAAACCGAGGCACAAGUGCCACCACAUUCACAAUAUGGUGGAUCCCAUCAGCAGGUGCCACCUCAACAAUACCCUGUCCCACCACAACACUUCCAGCCACCCCACCAGUAUCAGUCCCCACCCCAACCAACAAAUCAGGUCCCCCCUCCACAGCAACAGCAAUAUCGGGCCAAGUCACCACCCCAGGUCCGACGUGAAAAUAAACCUACAGAACCUGUCAAUAUGAACAUGUCUCAGCAAACUGCUGAGGUACCAAAAGAACAGGGAAGGCACAGCGAGAAUAAAGAAACAAACCAAAACAGUACAUCUAAAUCUGAAGAACCUCCAAUGGGUCCAGAUCAAACGGACAGUGUUCCCACAGAGACGAGGAAAGUGCAGGAAAAUAUUUCUCUACAGAGGAUAGAAAAAAUAGUCAGUGAAACAAAACAUAUCAUAGAUAGAGUGAAUUCAUUUUCAGGAAAAAAGUCUGACAAAGAAUAUAAAUAUCUAGAGGAAAUGUUGAAUAGGGGUAUUUUGAAAUUGGACGGAAUUGAGGCCGGUGAUGACCAGGCUGUUCGACAGGCUCGACGCACAGCUGUGAAGGAAUUUCAGUCGUAUCUCGAUCAGUUAGACCUCAAGGCUUUUGUAGAGGAUGAACAGAAAACAACGGAUGGCAGUGAAUCUAAACAGGAGACAAGUAAGGAAUGGAUGGACACUUCACAGACACAAUAAUCAGGGUGGACUGAGUGCAUGCUUUAAAUAUAUAUAUACUUAGUGAUAAGUAUGUUGGUAUGAAUUGAUUAAUUUUUGUGCAAGUGCUUUCAAAGUUUUGUUGUUUUUGUUAAUUUGUCUAGAGAGAGGUUGAGUGGUUAUUUAUUGAAUGUUUUUAUAUCUCUAUAUAUUUGUGUAAUAUAAUAUAUCCGUGUUACAAAGGUUGCAAUGCAAUAAACAGUGUACUGAGAAAGGAUGUGUAAUUUUAUUUACAUAUUGGGUUUUGUUAAACAGUGACUAGGAUUCUAGAUUAUGGAGUUUCCAGGUUGGUUAGAAAUCGGCAAUUUUAGAACUGAGAGCAAAAAUUUUAUUUCAAUGGUGUGAUACAUAACAAUAUUUUAUGGGAAAUUUUAUGUCUGCCUACUAAUGACAUGCUUGGUUAUCAUGUGGAAAAGAUUGGUCAAUUUAUUUUUUAUUUUUAAUGGAAGAGAAAUUCUGGAAAUCAAGGGCAUUCAGAAUGCUAACAUGUUUACUAUGAACUUUUUUUUUACUGUGAUCAAUUGCAUCUUACAAGUCUAGUCAAUGUCGUGUACUACUGAAGACAAUUUAUGUAGUAUGUAAUUUUAAUUUUGGGUCGCACCUGAUGAAAACUAUGCAGAAAUGUCUUAUCAGAAAUGCAACAUUUAUCAUUUAUUCUUUAAUUUCCAAAGAAAAGUUAUUAUGUAUAUCAUUCAUGUUCAAUGCAAAGGUUUAUGGUUGCAUUUACAUACUUGUAGCAUUCAGUAGAAAGCUUGCUAAAAUACUGUUUAAUAAAAUUGUUUGAAAUUAUA